AUGACUUCGGCGCCUCAGAUGCUUUAUGGUGACUAUGUCGACGCCGUCGACUCUGUUGAGAUUCGCGAGGUAUGGAACUUUAAUCUGGAGGAGGAAUUCUUUCUCAUCAGCUCUAUUGUCGCCGACUACCCCUUCGUCGCCAUAGACAGCGAGUUCCCUGGCGUCCCACUUCGCCCCGUGAUUAGUUCUCCGACUUCAUUCACCGAGUUCAAUUACCAAACUCUGAAAACCAACGUUAAUUUCCUCAAACUCAUCCAAGUCGGUCUGACCUUCUUCGACUCUUCAGGCCACCUCCCUCUCGUUGGCUCUCCCCCUCGCCCUUGCAUUUGGCAGUUCAACUUUCGCGAGUUCAAUGCUGCAAGCGACUUCUUCGCCCCUGACUCCAUUGAGCUUCUCCGCCGUAGUGGAAUAAACUUCGAAAAGAAUCACUGCCUCGGCGUCGCUGCCAAUCGCUUUGCCGAACUCAUGAUCGCUUCUGGCGUCGUGCUGAAUGACACCGUCCAAUGGAUCACUUUCCAUGGCUGCUAUGACUUCGGUUAUCUUCUCAAAAUGUUAACUUAUCGCAAUCUGUCGGAUUCUCAGGAAGAUUUCUUCCAUUCUCUGCGGCUGUAUUUUCCAAACAUCUAUGACAUCAAGCAUUUGACGAAAAUCUGCACUAACUUCUAUGGCGGGCUAAACAAGCUCGCAGGGCUACUUGGGGUGAAGAGGAUGGGAACCUGUCACCAGGCUGGAUCAGAUAGUUUGCUCACUGCUGCCACGUUCACAAAGUUGAAAUCUUGUUUAGCAAAUGGAUCUGUACAGAGAUGUGCUGGAGUUUUAUAUGGUCUCGGUGUUGAUUGA